UCCGGCAUCCUACUGGUGUUCAUUAAAACAAGAAGGGAGGCUUUGCUGUUUCAGUGAACACAUCAUCUUCAGAUGAUAAGUGGAAAAAAACAGAUUUAAAACGAGCCCGUUCCGAAGAGAAAGACUCAGCCCUUACGGGUUUAAAGCGUCUCUUUCUGUCCGACCGGAGCGGCUUCAUGCUGCGUCACCGCGGAGACGUUUAAGAGCUGCUGCCGGGUGUGGGGCCACUGAGAGUGGGGGGGAAAAUGCCUUCUUUCUCAUGGAGAGUUUGGCCUGCACUUGUGCUGCUGUGUUUUCCCUCCAUGGUGACUGCAGAGGAUGUGUCGUUGCUGGAAGGCUGGCACGAUGUCUGGUUCUUCCGUUUCCUCGUCAACAUGCUCGGAUAUGCCACGAUCAUUGUCCCAGGAUAUUUCCUCAUUAGCUACUUCAAACGCUCUAAUUACCUGGACAGAGGCAGCGGGCUUUGUUUUCCUGUCAUAAAGAGCUGCGUGUUUGGCGGCGAGGACAAGAGCGGGCUGUUGGACGAUGUAUCCGUCUCAAGCAGGAACGAGCCUGAUUCAGGCUCAUCACUCAAACAGGCUUUAAAGUUAAUCUUUUGUGCAGCAGGACUUCAGGCAUCAUAUCUGACGUGGGGAGUCCUCCAGGAGAGAGUGAUGACCCGCUCCUAUGGAGCCACAACUCAAGACCAGGAGGGAGAGAGGUUCAAGGAUUCCCAGUUUUUGGUCUUCAUGAAUCGCAUCCUUGCACUGACCGUAUCUGGACUCUGGUGCAUCCUGUUCAAGCAGCCUCGUCAUGGUGCACCCAUGUACAAAUACUCUUUUGCUUCGCUCUCCAACAUCCUGAGCAGCUGGUGCCAGUACGAGGCCCUAAAAUUCAUCAGCUUCCCAACUCAAGUCCUUGCCAAGGCCUCCAAAGUUAUUCCCGUCAUGCUCAUGGGAAAGAUCGUGUCUCGUAAAAGCUACGAGUACUGGGAAUACUUCACUGCCGUGCUAAUCUCUCUCGGCGUCAGCAUGUUUCUACUGUCGAGCACAACCAGCAAGCACCCAUCCACUGUCACUACAUUCAGCGGCAUCAUCAUCCUCGUCGGCUACAUCGUCUUCGACAGCUUCACGUCCAACUGGCAGGACAAUCUUUUUAAGUACAAGAUGUCAUCUGUGCAGAUGAUGUUUGGGGUCAACCUGUUCUCCUGCCUCUUCACCGUUGGUUCGCUGCUCGAGCAAGGCGCCUUCUUCGAGUCGCUGGCCUUUAUGACGCGGCACUCGGAGUUUGCCUUCCAUGCUGUGCUGCUGUCCGUGUGCUCGGCCUGCGGUCAGCUCUUCAUCUUCUACACCAUCAACCAGUUCGGAGCUGCUGUCUUCACAAUCAUCAUGACACUGCGCCAGGCCUUCGCGAUUCUCCUCUCCUGUUUCCUCUACGGCCAUGCCAUCACAGUCGUCGGGGGCUUCGGCGUUGCCGUGGUUUUCCUUGCGCUCUUCCUACGGGUGUAUGCCCGCAGCCGCAUGAAGUCCAGCCGGCCGUCCGUGCUGCCCCAGAAGGUGUAGCUCUCCUAUGACCACGUUUUCAGUGGUGCUACUUGUCUUUCUAUGGGAAGCAUGUUUUCCCAACAUCUUUUAUGUUUUUUUUUUUUUUAAUAACUUCGGUACAAAACAAAGGGAUGCUGAAGCCCUUACUGUCACAGAUGCCCCCAAGGGGUCAAUAUAACAUCAAUGGUAAGAGGCUUUGAGUGCCUUUGCGAUUGUUUUAAGUUUUAAACUACAAACUGCCUCUUCAGUUCUGUCGCUCUUUAACUGUUUGUUUAUAAUUUUAACCACCACACGUGGCUUUUGCAGCCAAUUUAAGGUAACAGAAUAGCUCAGCAUUAACACUUUCUAAUGUCCAAAAAGCAAAGUUGGUCUGCUCCUUAAAGAGUUAUGGAAUCGUUUCAUUAAAGUUUUAUUCUGGGGAUAAACUUUUGUGUCUUAAUAUGGUAUUUUAUAUAUUUUAAAGCUGGGAUCACAGUUUUGUAAACACAACAUGCAUUUAAGUUUACUUGUCAAAUGGUUCAGAUGCUUCAGUCACUAUGUUUUGGGGGAAUAACUUGUGCAAUGUAAAAAGAGUUAAAGAAAAAAAAAAUAUUUUAAUCUGACAUCCCAGAACUGAAUCUAAUUUAAUUUUCAGCUUUUUUUUUAUAUACAUACACAUUUCCUGUAUGGUUUAAAAAAAAAAAAAGUUCAAUAAGAAACAAACAUGUAAAUAUGUACCCUGUUUUAUUUUAUUUGCAAUGACCUUAUCGGUUUUCUUCCUUUUUGUAAAGGACUGACUUUCUUGUGAAUGUUUGGAUGAACACUGUCACAAAGAUGUGAUCUUACUGUGAGCUCCAGUUUGCAGGUCUGAAUGCACACAAGGGAGAUGCCAUGUUAACGGUACCUUGUUUAUAUCAUUCUACUACUUUUUCUCUGGUAAAUGGAUUAAUAAUAAAACCUGUUAAAUUAA